AUGCGAGACCUGCGGAUCACACAUCCAAAAGACGAUAAAAUCCGCAUCGAGCAAGACAAGGGUGGCUUGCUCGCGGGAGUGUGCGACUGGAUCUUCGACUAUCCAGAGUUCCAACGCUGGCGCGAGACUGCCGGCUGCCAGUCUUUCUGGAUCAGAGGUGAUCCAGGGAAAGGAAAGACGAUGCUCAUCUGCAGUGUUGUCGAUGAGCUCGAAAGGACCAAGCGACAGCAAUAUCAGUUAUGCUACUUCUUCUGCCAAGCAACAGACACGCGAAUCAACAACGCCGUUGCCGUCUUGCGCGGCCUUCUUUACAUGCUCGUCGACCAGCAGCCUUUAUUGAUACAACAUAUUGAGAAGCAACAUCACCAUGCCGGCCGGUCAUUAUUUGAGGACGUGAAUAGUUGGGUCGUUCUAACGAAGCUCUUCUCUGACAUCCUCCAAGAUCCACAAUUGAAUAGCACGAUCUUCAUUAUUGACGCGUUAGAUGAGUGCACAUUGCAGCUAACCGAUCUCCUGCAUUUCAUUGCUUCGGUCUCAGCACGGUCGCCUCGCGUGAAAUGGUUGUACUCUAGCCGUGAUUGGCCGACAAUCGAAGAGCCACUGUCCAGAGCGCAGCAGAUGCUGCAUUUACAGCUAGAGCUGAACGCAGGAACGAUAGCGAACGGCGUCCGCAUGUUCAGCGAGCAGAAGGUGCAUCAGCUCGCUACAGAGAAAGGCUAUAGCGAAUCCCUCAAGAAUGAAGUCCUCCAAUAUUUUCGAGACAAUGCAGGCGAUACAUUUCUGUGGGUAGCAUUGGUUUGCAGGAGUCUACAUAAUAUUCCCCGGUGGCACGUCCGGCAGAGAUUGCACGAAUUCCCGCCCGGACUGGAUGCGCUUUACGCGCGCAUGAUGAUUCAAAUCGAGGAGUCGGAGGGCAACGAGUACUGCAAGGCCGUGCUGGCUACUGUCGCACUCGCACUCCGACCACUCACGCUCUCCGAGCUCGGCUUUAUAGCUGACCUAGCAGAGGAGAUAAUCUGCAGCGUGGAAGAUAUAGCCGACAUCGUGCGCCGCUCUGGGUGCUUUCUUACGAUGCGAGGUGACGCACAGGAAGACCAGGUGGUAUCCUUCGUACACCAAUCCGCUAAGGACUAUAUCAUUGAACAAGCCAGGGACACUAUGUUCCCAGCCGGAAUGUCGAAAGAACACGCGCGACUCGCCCAGAAGUGUGUUCAGCGAAUGCGUGAGCCAGGCGCUCUACACAAAGACGUUUGCGGACUUCGAAGACCGGGCACGCGACGUACUGACAUCGACUCAGAAGAGAUUGCGAAAAUGAUGUCGGCCAGAGUGACUUAUACUUCCAGCUUUUGGGCAGAACACUUCAUCGCGAGUGGACAAACUUUGUCUGACAAUGAUCACGUCCAUCAAUUUCUGCAGCAAUAUUUCCUCUAUUGGUUCGAGGCACUCAGCUGGUUGGGACAAGCAGCUAGUGCGGUCUUGUAUACCGCGCGACUUCAACUUCAGGUACAGGGACAUCGCGGCCAGCAAAUGUUGGCCUUUCUUAAAGACGCAUAUCGAUUUGUUUCAAUGAACCGCGAUGUGGCCGACCUCGCACCUCUUCAGCUGUACCUUUCUGCACUCAUAUUUACGCCGGUGAACAGUAUUAUCCGGAAGGCUUUC